CUGCUCCUCCAUCCAGCUCUGAAACCUACCCAGUUCAGUCAACACAGGAGAGAAUAUCCUCACGUCCACAGCCAGAAUCUUCAGUGGGAGUUUUUGAAAACGAAGCUUCAGGGUCCGGCCACAUAAGUGAUUCAUUACAAAGAUCAUUUCAACAUCAAGAUAUUGAUGGAGAGAAACCAGCACUAAGUUGCUCUCCCAAACACAAAAUAGCAAUCAAACCCUUAGCCAACACUAAGGUGCAGCUCUACUUAUCACAGAUGGAGAUUGAAAACCUGACCAUGGGUCGGCAGAGAACUGAGCUGACUUCAGACCGAGUGGAAAUGGCUCUGUCUACAAUCGUCAGCAAAGAGAUGGUGUACUCUAAGAGUCCAAAACAAGUCAAGAAUGUCAGGUCCAGAGUGCAGGGACCUAAAUGUGGUCAAGAUUUCUGCAUCUUGGGCUGCGUGUGUUCCAGUCUCCAGCAUCAGCACAAACCGUCAGGUUCUCCCCACUGCCGUCGACCAGACUGUAUGUUGAAGUGCCAUUGUUUAAAGGGCAUAAUCAGCCAGCAGUUAUGUGCAGAGCAGGAUAACCUGCGGCUCCCUACUUUCACCAUUUUUCGUAAGAUUGAGAGGGCAGCCCCCUGUCCCAAAGGCUCCCACACUAACAGAUUGUGGAUAAAAAAUAUAAAUGAUGUGGAUUCUGAGCCACUUUUUGUUCCUACAUCUUCACAGAACAGCUGUGUACUGAAUCCCUCACAACUGGUACAAGAGAAGGACAAAGACCCAGUUUAUAAAUACCUAGAGAGCAAGAUGACAUGUGCACGUGUUAGAGCCUUCAACAGCAAACCUCCUCCUGAAGUUACCCUGCAACCAAAGACCACUGGUACUGCUACAAAUGACACUGUAACGAUGCACCUGGAGACGAGCGCUGACAACAUGCCAAACUCCCACGCACCUAAGACGUCGCCUACAAACGGAGCAGAGACAGAUUUCACAGCUCUUGAAAAAAGUGCAAGGAAGCAAAUCCAGAUCCAGUCCCAGUGCAAAUGGGACAAGGACAAAAAAGCGAUCCUGAAGGUUUUGUGCCUGCGUUUGUGUGAGAAUAAAUUGACUGAGCCCUUCCUCAUCGGACCUUACAACAUUAGCCCGAUUUCCAAGAUUUUUAUGCGGACGCCAAGCAACUCCAUUGUCACUUACAAGGUACAAAUAAGUAAACCAUCAGAAACCAGUAAAGGUGAGGAUACGGUUGAGGAAAAGUUAAAAGGGGAAGACAAUCCAGAAAAGGAAGUCACACCUUUCCUAAGUGGAGUGUUGCUUGCUGGGAUACUGAGAGCUAGGACUAAAACACCUGGUUCCCAAACAAAUGAGCUCAUCGAGGUAAAUAACAAGUUCUACAAUCAGGCCAACGUGUUGCUGGGGGGAAUGGGAGCUUUACAUCCAGCCAAUCGCCUUGCAGCAUUUGUCACAGGCAGACUGAACCCUGCUGCUAAAAUAAAAAGCCAAGCCACCAAGUCCACACAGCAGCACACCAACCCAGUCACUUUGCACGCAGACAUCACAGACAGAGUUGUUCAGACAGUAAUCGGUGCAAAGAAAACCACGGAUCUGGACAAAAAAGUACUGCCACUUGCUACAUCUCAGCCUGUCUGUGGAAUACAAAGCCCCAAUCCGAAUUCACAGCAUUCACAAUGUCACGCCAGCAUCAACCCAGGCCAGAGCAGCUCAGUAAGGCCACAACAGAGCAGCCAGGGAUCCUCGCCUUUUCUUCUCACCGUCUCAGAUUCACUUAAGACCCCCAACUUCCUCAGAAACAGUGGGACUUAUUCAUUCAGGAUCUGCCCUCCAUCCAACCAGACCACCACAGGUCAGAACCGAUCAGGUGUUGCCUUGCCUGGUGGCUUCACUCUCUUUCAAAUCCCUAAACAAGAAGCCUGUGAGGCUCCAAAACUUUGUGAGACAGUUAACACUACAAACACUGGUGCAUUGACAGAUUCCAUACCACUGAAGCAAUCUUUACAAAAUCUAGCUGACAAUGCAGUCGGUUUGGAUACAAAUUGGCUCGGGCUGGAUUCACUACUGGGAGAUGAGGACGUCCAGAGCAGUAGAUCACCGGAGCUUGGCUCCUCACUGAAGUUGUCUUCAGAUGACUCUACUGACGAACUGAAGGAGGUAAAUGUGGAUUUAACAUCGGGAGAUGAUGGUUCUGACAUCUCAGACUACAGUGAAGAGGAUGAUGAAGAUGAAAAAUUUGUAAACCCUGAUUCAACAGAUAUUGCAAAUCAAGAAAUGUUGUCUAGAUAUUUAAUGGAUGAGCCACGAAGUUCCAGUGAUUUUGGACCAAAGGACCCUUCCUCCCUGAACCUGACUAGAACUCUGCAGCUCAAAAUGCUGGAGAGGCUGAAACGCCGCAAUCUGCAGAGAAGUUUCGAUGAACUCCAGGCCGUAAUUGGAAUUAAGGGUCAGACCAGCAGGGUCGUGGUCCUCGAGAGGGCUGCAAGGGCAAUCAACAACCUGGAUCAGACCAGCAUGUUCCUAGAGAAGAAGAAGGAGUGGCUAAUGGAUAUGAACGCUUUAUACGUGAAGCAGCUUUCACUUUUGUCUGGAAAGUCAGAGGUGCUCAUCUUAGAGAAGAUAAAUCAAAUCUGCCGGAAGCAAGAAAUUGAAGAGAAGAAAAAAGAGGGGACUCCAUUCUUCUCCAAGCUUCUACAAAGCAGAGCGGCUCUCCUACAAAGCACCCUGCCCGAGUCUGAGUUUGAGCCUCCACCUCCGAUAGAGUCAAACCUCUUCAAGCCACCCUGUGAGCCAAUUACAGACACAGCAACAGAGCAAAAGCUACGGCAGAUGAUGGCCUCAUUUCAAGCUGAUAGAUUGAAGUACCAAACCACUGCAAAGAAAUUUGCAUCAUUUUGGGAAAAAAAUCGCUCUCUAACAGGAGGCACAAUGUCUGACUCCAACUCCGCUGUGAACUCUGGUGCAGCUAAUGUGAACUCGACCCAAAUGUCCCCUGCCCUCCCUGUACAGCCCUUUUCUCUUCCUCUUGUUCGCUCCAAGGCUGGCAGGAUCAUUCUUCCUUCAUUUAUGAAACCUGUUGGAAACACUGUCCUGAGAAUCCAACUUGUGCAGAGCCAAGGUGAUGUUGAGUCUCAGCCUUCCAACGUGGAUGCCAAGAACCAGGAGAACAGUUUGGCUUCAGAAAGCGUUUGUAAAUCAGAGGAGGACAAAUCCACAUCUACAAAUUCUGACGUAAAGUUCAGUCGAACAUCUGUGCCCAUGAUUACCUUUGACCAGUCGGUGUUGUUGAAAGCCUUGGAAACUGUGCAGAACAAGGAGAAGGGCAUCACAACGAAUGUUUGCUCCAAAAGCCCAGUUUGUUUACCAGUAAAAAAACUGAAUUCUGUUAAUGAAAAGAAGAACCCCUCCGUAGAUAAAGAGACCCCUAAAAGUCUGUGUGCCAUUGAACACAGCCCAAAAACAGACACUGUUGCAUCAGAUCAGCCUGACGUUAAAAGAGGCAGAGGAAGGCCACGGAAACAUCCAAGAAACUUGGACAGUGAGCCGCCACCAAAAAAACGCUCUCCCUCACUCCCCAAGGAUGAUCGCCCUGUAAAAAUCUAUUACCAGUCCAGUGCAAAUGAGAAGGUGAAUGCUGCAGCAAAUUCCUCACGACCAUUAACACGUGGUGCAUUAGGAAAAGACUUCCCCAGUACCAAGAAACGCUCCUGGAUAGAUUUGGAAAAGGAACUGGAGUUGGAUUUAGAUUAGUUAACUCAAUAAUCCGUCUGCCUUACACCGAAUCUGUCCACCAUAACUCCAAUAGCUCGUAGCACAGAGAGCUGCUGCAGGAACCUCCGUCAGUGUCAGAUCAUUCACAGUGAACCAAUGUUUUUUGCUGGUUCAUUUGUUCUGGAGUUGUUGUUGGUUUUUUUUUUUUUUUUGCUCAAAAGGUCAUUGCAAGUGUAACUGUGUUCUGUCUGUCUUGUAAUUUUUUUCUUGUUGGUGGCUAAGUUCAUGCUGUUUCCAUUCUACAUUACUAACAUGAUACAUUUUAUUUACAUCAAACAAUGAUACGACUACAAGCGACACACUGUAGCCACGAUGUGAUCAACACACUGAACUGAUCACCAGUUCUGUUCUUUGCAGUCCACUAAAAUGGAUUUUUACCAGACUCAAAAACUAAGCACAUCGUUCUGUGUAUCAAGUGCUGUUACGCUAUAUAUGUAUAAAUGUUCAUUCAGAGGCACAGUAGCCCGGUCAAUCCACACUGUUUUUUAACUGCAUUUACAACCAGCAGGACAUCUGUCCCAUGUCAGGUCAAAUGUACCGUUAUUCAUUAUUAAUGACCAUAGUUGGAGACCUAACAGCAAAGCUCUCUUGAAUGUAUACUUCUACGUUAGAGAGGGGUUCUUUACCUUGUUUUGUACAUUUUUUGUGAAACUGUUACCAAUAUAAUUGAAUGUCGCACCAUAUGUGCCUGUGUACCGUACUGAAUGACCAAAGGACUGCGAUGACAGCUGAUAAUCUAAUAGGAAUUACACACACUAAACUGUGGGUGACAUAAUAUCAUGAAUUUAACCUGGUUAUUAAAAGAAUGGUAAAGACGAUUACAAAUGGGUUCAAAUUUUAAAUGUCUGCUCUGUCACCUUGAGUGCUAAUGGUAACAUGAAUUUAUCUAUUUGUUUGUCACUUGAAAACUUGUAAGUGCAGAUGAUAUAUUCAGAAUCUAAACUUAGAGACUUAGCGUUUUCACAUUGUAAUGUUUUGUUUCUCACUUAAAAGCACUUUAUGUUCUUUGUAGCUUUCUGGUUCGUGUUGUAUCAGCAGUGAAGUAUAUUUCAGGGAUUUACACCAACCAUCUGAAUGUACUGGAUGUAUCAGAGGCAAUCAGAUUAAAUCUAUCUGACAUGUAUUUAAAAGAAUCUUGUAAAUAUAUCAUUCUUAAUCAACAGCAAUAUAUUUUUUCUGUCCAUGAAGAACUUUUGAAACACUGAAUAAACUGUUGAAACUGUGAAA